UUUUGAAAUUAUUGAAGAAAUUAUUGGGUUAACUCCUCUAAAUAGCCUGGGUAACCAAUGUACAUUAAAAAAUCCACCUAAAGGUUUAAAAGAAUUUGUAUUUACAUUCAAGAUGUCUGCAGAGCAAAUAAACCUGUUAUCUUUAAAUCGUGAUAUUUCAAACUCAAAACAAGAAUGUCUCUAUCAAUGUCAAAUUAGAAUUUGUCAAAUAGAACCCGGGUGUUUUGAGGUCUCAGAUUUUUUUCCCAAUCGACUCUAUGUUCGAGUUGGAGAUCAACCUUGUCCAUUGCCACCUAUUCCUUUAAAAAAAACGACCUGAAUUUAGACGACCUGCAAGCCCUAUUGAUUGUACUUGUCAACUGAAUUUAAGUCCUGAUGUUUCAAAUCUGAUCAAAAUUAAUUGGACUCCUGAUGGAAAAAAAUAUGCCAUUACAAUAUGCAUUGUAAAAAAAAUAAGUGCAGAUAUUUUAAUCAAAAAUCUUCAAGAUAAAGAGGCAAAGAGUUCACAGGAUACAAAAAAUGAGAUUGUUGAUAAAUUAAUCAAUUCUGAUCCAGAUUUUUCCAUCACAUCAAAUCAUUUUUCUUUGUUAUGUCCAAUGAGUAGAACUAGAAUGAAGAUACCUGCAAAAUCGAUCAAUUGUGAUCAUAUAAAAUGUUUUGAUGCAGAUACAUUCAUUAGAAUGAACGAGAAAAAAAUCAACAUGGUUUUGCCCAAUUUGUAAUGCAUCUUGUUCAUACAAUGAAAUAAAAAUUGAAAGUUAUUUUAUGGAAAUCGUGACAAGUCCUAGACUUGAAGACGGUGACCAAGAAAUUAUAAUUUGUGCUGACGGAUCAUGGGAGAGAGUUUUGAAAAUAAAAAAGAAUAACACACAUGUCUCUAAAGAAGUAAAAUCAAUUGAACUUAUGGAUUCGGAUAGCGACGAUGAAAAACGUAAAGAGUCUAAAGUACAGCCUGUUAGUUUUGU